AUGGCCGCCGCGGGCUCUGGCGUCGGGCCCCGCCUGGGCGCGUGCGCGGGCGCCGCGGCGUGGCCUCGGGUUCGAGGGUCGAGGGUCGAGGAUAGCCUGGCCUCGGGCGGGGCCGCGGGCUGCCUCGGCGGCCUGCUUCACGUGCAGGAGCUGUUCGACCCCGCCCUGUACCGCGUGGUGCUGUUCGACCAGCGGGGCUGUGGGAGGAGCCGGCGAGCUGGCGGUGCUGCGGAGCAGCUGCGGGCGAACACCACCUGGGACCUGGUGGACGACAUGGAGAGGCUGAGGGAGCGUCUGCGGAUCGACCGCUGGCUGGUUGCCGGUGGCUCCUGGGGCAGCUGCCUGGCGCUCGCGUACGCGGCAAGGCACCCCGCCCGGGUGCUCGGCGUGGUCCUGCGCGCGGCCUGCCUGUUCCGAGACGAGGAGUUCGACUUCUUCCUGGGCCCUGGGGCCGGAGGUGCGCGCUGCGCGGCGCCGCCGGGGGCCUGGGAGAGCCUGACGGAGUGGAUCCCGGGGGCAGAGGGCGCGUCGGGCCACGCGAUCGCCUCGGCCUUCUGCCGGGCCGCUCUGGGCAGGGCAGCGGCCGGCAUAGGGCCAGAGGAUGCGGUGAGCAGGUGGCUGGCGUGGGAGGGCGCGCUCAUGGCCGCUGCCCGGCCAGUCGUCGCCGGUCCGCCCGCGCCUCCGCCGUGGCCCGCGCCUCUGCCUGCCGGGGUGGCGCUGGCUCCCCUGCGGGCGGCACUGUGGCUCGGGCUGGGCGACGGCGCGCGGACGCAGGCGCUGCUGACGAUGCGCUACGUGGAGCGGCGGGGCUUCUUCCCGCGGGGCUUCUCGCUGCUGGAGGAGGCUCGCGGGUUCGCCUUCCCGCUGGCGAUCGUGCACGGGCGGAACGACUGCAUCUGCCCCGUGAAGAACGCCACGGACCUCGCGGCCGCGGCGCCGCAGGCCGAGCUCCUGCUGACCGAAGGCGGGCACUCGCAGUGGGACCCGGAGAACGUCAGUGCCUUCGUCGGCGCCACCGACCGCUUCGCGGCACGGCUGCAGCCGAGGGGGCACGCGUACUCCGGCAUCUCCGCUGCCGACGCCGCGGUGCCGCCGCCGCGGAGGCAGAGCGCGUGGCCAGGCCCGCCCGCGAUGGCGAGGGGCAGCAGCGAGCGCCUGGCCUGUCACUCUCUGGCGCGGGCAGGUCGGCGUGCUCCCAGUCCGACUGCCCAGUCCCCCGUGUCGGCGCUGGCCUCGAUCUUGGUGCACGCUUGCACCACGUACUGGCUGUCAGAGGCGUGGUCGAUCGGGUCGCCGUCUACGCGAGUUGCCGCCACCGCGGCCGUCACCUCGGCUCUGCGCGCUGUCUGCAGCCCGUCGACCAGGCGCCCGCGCGCGGGCGGCAGCGGGAGCCCCGAGGAGGGGCCAGGCGACGCGAUGUUUGCCCAGAAGUUGUUGAUCGCAGUUUCGUGGCUGAUGACCUUCGUCGAGGCACAGCGCCCGUUGAUGACGAAGAUGGAGCAGGACAAGCUGCCGUUGCCUAUCACACCGACGAUGAUGACUGGCAUUAUGGUCGGCACCUUCUGGCUCCUGCUGCUGAGCGUCGGCUUUUGUUGUCUGUUCCAGGUCCAGACGCCCUCGCUGCUCCUGGACCCAACCGACAAGGGCCUGGUGAUCAACAAGAACUACUGA